GCACACGAGUCUCCCGUCCGAGUCCGACAACCCAAACCCCUCCGCUCCAUGUCGCCGCCAGUGCCUGCAGGGCCGGAGACGUUCGACGUCGUCAUCUUCGGGGCCUCGGGCUUCACCGGCAAGUACGUCAUCCGCGAGGCCCUCAAGUUCCUGCCCCCCAACGCUUCCCCGCUCCGCACCCUCGCGCUAGCUGGCCGCAGCCGGGAACGCGUCGCCGCCGCGCUCAGCUGGGCCGCCUCGCCGGGGCCCGCCCCCGACGUCCCCAUCCUCAUCGCUGAUGCCUCCGACCCGGCCUCUCUCGCCGCGGUCACCGCGCGGGCGCGUGUCCUGCUCUCCUGCGCGGGCCCCUUCCGCCUCCACGGCCGCCAGGUGGCUGCGGCCUGCGCGGAAGCAGGGGCCCACUGCCUCGACAUCUCCGGCGAGCCCGAGUUCAUGGAGCGCGUGGAGGCCGACCUCCACGAGGUCGCCGCCAAGAACGGGUCGCUGAUUGUCUCCGCCUGCGGCUUUGCCUCCACCGUUGCGGACCUGGGGUUCUUGUUCCACUCCAGGCAGUGGACGCCGCCGUCGGCGCCGGUGAGCGUCGUCGCGUAUGUCAACCUGGAGUCCUCGGCUGGAAAGAUGGUCGGGAACUUCGCCACGUUUGAGUCGGCCGUUCUCGGUGUGGCCAACAUCAGCCAGCUGCAAGAGCUGCGCCGAUCCCGGCCAAGGCCGGCGAAGCCCAGUAUUCCGGGUCCUCCGCCUCCCAUAGGAACAUUGAUGAUCGAGCAUGACAAAGCACUAGGAUUGUGGGCCAUGAAGUUACCUUCUGCUGACACAGUGGUUGUGAAGAGAACACUAGCAAAAUUGACAGAGCAUCCCGAGGGCCUUCCUUGUUUGGACGAGACCUCAGAUUCUGAGAAGCAUAGGAAGGAAUUUUGGUCCUCUAUCAAACCUGCUCAUUUCGGUGUGAAGAUCGGCAGCCGUUCCAUCCUGGGCCUUGUGUGGUGCCUGUCUACUGCAAUUUUCGUCGGCAUUCUUGCAGGUUUCUCCUUCGGCCGGUCUCUCUUGCUAAAAUUCCCUGAGUUCUUCUCCCUGGGGUUUUUCAGAAAGACAGGACCGACAGAAGAGGAGGUCAGCAGCGCCUCGUUCAAAACGUGGUUCGUCGGCCGUGGCUACAACGAUUUGGCCCGCGCAUCUGAGCGUGGAAGCAAGCCAGACAAGGAAAUCGUCACCAGAGUUUCAGGGCCAGAGAUAGGGUACAUCACGACUUCGAUCAUCCUCGUCCAGUGCGCCCUCGUCCUGCUUGGCCAGCGAGGCAAUCUGCCGAAAGGUGGGGUGUACACGCCCGGCGUCGUCUUCGGACCAACGGAUCUCCAGAAGCGCCUCGAGGAAAACGGCUUGUCGUUCAACCUCAUCUCCACAAGGACCAUCCCUUCAGAUUUACAGGCUCAUGCUUCCUAAACAAGACAUCACCUGACAGUCCAACAGGUUAGCAGUGAUCACGGCUUCCGAAUAAACAUAUAUGUUGUCAUGUAUGCUAU